AUGUCUUUCACCCAGGACUCAUACGACGAUUGCGGCCAAGGGGCAGAAGCAAGAUUUCGAUGGGAGCAGCAUCUGCUUGGACUUGACGAUAGCUUUGAAGACCUCGAUCUCCACUCAGACCACGAUGCACACGAUGACACCGCCGCGUCCGAGAACGAAGACGGUGAGAAAGACCACCACGAUGACUCCCAAGAGCCUGAAGAAUAUCCUUACGAGGACACAACACCUCCUGACAAUUCCGAGCCUUCAGAAAUGAAUGACGAUACCCAUAUCGAGAUCCAACGGACCCACGAGCCUGUCUUGGCCUUUGCCCUCAUGCCCAACCACCACGGGGAGCUGUACAGGACGUACAGGUGGACCUCUACAUUCAUAACUGUCGACGUCUGCAUCUGGGUGGAGCCCUUCUCAGACAUAUACCCUUUUCGCGGAGCAACAAUCGACGACCUCACAGCUCAAGUGCCCGUUCCCUUGGUUGGUGACAUCGUCCGUGGCUUCAACUUACGGCAUCCUGAUGGUCUGUUGAUGGUGGGAUGGGGGAGGGUCGUCGCUGUGGUGUACGACCAGGAGAUAUGUUUGGCUGGAUUUUAG